AUGGCGUUUACAAUGCGACAGCCGCUACGGCUUGGUACCUCCAUCGCCGCCGCAUCGAAAGGCGCUUUCAAAUCCUCAACAGUACGAUCAUUCCACUACACCAAACCCGCAUCAAACUUCUUCUCCGCGAAAACUACCAGCUCUCCCAGUGCGCUCGCAAAGGCUCGGAAUGCGUUCAGAAAUUCGAGGAGGACUUAUAUGAACCAGCCAGCUAUUCCAGCGGCUAAUGCUACACUUAUUCAGAAGUUGGCAGUGGGAGGUGCUAUGAUAGUCGGAGGGGUUAUUGCAACAAACUUGGUGUUCAACCGGGAAACACGAGAAGAUGGAGGCAUGCCGGCUUAUGAGCGAGAGUAUCUCAAUGAAACUUUCAUGCACACCGGUCUUGGAGUAGGAAUUAUUGGUCUUUCGGCCAGGGCAAUGUUUCAAUCGGGAUUCAUGUACAGGAUGAUGGCAACAAAUCCGUGGAUUGUUAUGAUCGGUGGUCUCGGUCUAAGCAUUGGUACAAUGAUGGGCACAAGAGCGACAUCUCCAGACAACUACGUUCAAAAAUAUGGUCUUUGGAGUGCUUUCAACGUAACCCAAGGUGCCCUCCUCGCACCUCUUCUCUUUAUGGCACCACCUGCCAUCAUCGCUCGGGCUGGUCUUUAUACAAUCGCAAUGAUGGGUUCAAUCUCUUUUGUUGGUGCCACGGCUAAGCAAGAGAAAUACCUCUACCUCGGUGGACCACUUCUUGCUGGUGUAGCAAUCGUCGCUGUUUCCGGAUUCGCUCCUCUCGUACUACCAGCCACUGCUGUUCGUACGCUUGCUUUCACCGAAAACAUCUGGCUUUGGGGAGGAUUGGCAGUCUUCGGAGGAUUUACUUUAUAUGAUGUCCAGAAGAUUCUUGCUCAUGCCAGGAUGGCUCAACAAGGACUUAUUCGAAAGGAUGCCGUUAAUGAGAGUAUGAGUUUAGAGUUGGAUUUCUUGAACAUUUUCAUCCGGAUGGUCCAAAUCUUGAUGAUGCAACAAGGACGCAGAAAGUAG